AUGCGGGGCUGGGUGUUGAUCUUAUUCUCUUUGGAACUCAUCCAUUUGGUGGUUCCUCAAGUGGAGUUCAAUCAUACGAAACUUAAUCAUGCAGUGGAUCGGGUAUUUUCAAGGCGAAAGCGUUUUGUUCUGUUUCCUCCGGGCUCCAACUUAAAGUUUACGGGACAACUCAGCAAAGGUCUCAUCUCGGCCUAUCCAAAAGGUGUAUCCAUGAAUAUUGAGCAGGCCUGCUACUACCCAGUGCCCUCCAAAAGGGAGGACGUCUAUCCAAAACGAUACCGCCAAAGAACAACUACCACGGAGAAGCCAAAAACCACAACAGAACCCACCUAUGUUUGGAUACCAGGAACCAAUUGGCGUUUUAAAGCCACUCCCGUUAAGAAGCCAAAUCCGAUAAGACUACACAGUCGCAUAGAUGAGAGACCCCACAUAUCCUCGUAUUCCGAUCCUGCUAAAUGGGCCCAUUGGUCCAAAUACGGCCAGCGUUAUGAAAACUGGUCAUCAGCAAAUAAAAACUAUCAGACAUACAGCCAACCUGGAAAAUGGACCAAAUGGGCAACAAAGUCCCCCCAGUGGGCAAAGUAUGCCAGUUAUCCAAAUCGCUGGCAGAGAUCGGUGGAUGGUGAGUACUUCGAUCCUGAGGUGGAGCCUUAUGCGGAUGUGAGGUCUUCGAAUUCACUUAGCUAUGAGGAACCUUUUGAUCCCGACAUGACUCCUCAUCACCCUCCUCACUAUCCGGAGCUUGGUCAUGUUGAUGACUGGCGGCACUACAACGGACACAGAGAUCGUCGGCAGCUAUUCGAACAUUUUGAAGGAUUUAGUAAUAUUUUGGGCAUCGAUGGCAAGGCCUGUGUUUUGAGAGCUAUUUGCGAUAGCAAGCGACUGCUUUUGCCCAAAGGAUAUUCGAUGCUCCAGGAUAUAGUGCGGCUGGUUUUUACAUUCCCCACCAUAACCGGCGUCGAGGAUGACUACUCCCGCAUCAUGAAAAUGGACGCGGACGAUUGCGACCUGCACUUCCGCGAUUCGUGUAAGCUCAAUAUUUUAGCUUGGCUGCUGGGAGGCAAAUGGAACUGAAUAAAACUCAUUACAAUGGACUUGGGAUGUGGGGGUUUAUUGUAUGAACUGCGCGGCCCACAUGGACUGUUUG